UCCGAUCUUCCAACUUGCUUCCAACCAUCCUUUCUUCCAAUGCAACCGACCCUCAAAGAGUCCUGGAUGUCGUAUCUCAAAUCGACUCUCCACUUCUUGUUCACCUUUGGCGCUGCGGUUGGCCUCGUCCUUGUCCCUGGCACUUCGCCGACGUUUGACCUCGCCAUGCGCUUACUGGGCCUCUUCGCCACGGCCUACGCUGCCAGUGCAUCGCAAGUCUCAGUCGAGCUAAGAGAACUAAGCACUAUUGCGAUUACCGCGGCCUUCGCUGCGGAAGUAAUCUUUGCAAUGUGGCCAUUCACGUUUGGCCCGAUGCGCGAAACUCCUGGUCUCUGCAGCAAGUUGCUGCUCGCUGUUGCUGCCGAUGUUGUCGCAUUCUGCUUGGUACUAGCAUGGGGAAGCCGACACGAGGAAACUACAGGUCGGCAAUGCCGCAUUAAGGCCAUCCUGGGGCAUGUUGGCGGGAUCACUUCUAUCGGCUCCAAUUCUAGAGACAACAAGAUUUCCGAAUCCGCAGAUGAUCAGACCGGUCUUAGGAAACAAUUGAUAGUAUAG